AUGAAGAGCGAAAGCAAGCCGCAACCAGCCAAAAAAGAAGCCAGUAUGGGUACCGCUACAGAUACCACAGUGGGUAUUGGUGUUGAUGUUGGUGCGUCCUCUGUUGUGUCGAGUCCAGCAGCCCAGCAUGGACUUCAAACCUUAUCACAAGAAGACAAAGUUUCGAGGAAACUACGUGCAGCUGGGGUUGCCAAGCCUGCUGCUACUGCGAGUACUCGCACUACCGGCAGUGCUACUGGUACAACGGCGACAGAAAGACACCAAAAGGCCAUCAACCGCCAGACUGAAAGGCCUGACACAGCCACGUCUAAUGUGACCCUUACUAACGACAAGGAUAAUGGUUCUGCACCCAUGGUACAAAGCUCCAGCCAUCAAACGUUCGUGGAUGAUCUAGUGGGAGGACUGGAGCCCAUCCCCAUGCAACCUUCCAGUGUCCAUUCGGUUGCCUCGAGUCCAGUAGCCCAGCAUGGACUUCGAACCAUAUCACAAGAAGAAGAGAUCGCUGGAAAACUACGUGCAGCAGGGGUUGCCAAGCCCGCGGCUACAACUAGUACCGAUACUAGUACUCCGAGUACAACUUUAAGUACUAGUACUACAAGUACAACGAUGACAGAAAGACACGGGAAGGUCUUGACCCGUCAGGUUGAAAGGCCUGCCACAUCCACAGCCAAUGUGACACCCAAUGUGACCAACAAUGAAAAUGAUAAUGAUUCUGCGCCCUUGGUACAUAACUCGAAUCAUCAAACAUUCAUGGACGAUCUGGUGGGAGGACUGGAGCCCAUCCCCUUGCAACCUUCCAGUGUCCAUUCCCGUGCCAGCCAGCAACCCAGCCGUCCUGGAGCCUACGUGGGGCAGACCUUUCAGCGCGUUGAAAGUCUCAAUUUUGAGCUCGUGGGAGCCUAUAGUGAUCACAAUUCCAAUUACUUCAAGGAAGCAUCCGAUGUCUUUAGUGUCACGGCCCCCACCAGGCCUUCCUUUGCUCAUGGCGGCUCGUCGGCAGGACUUGUCGAAGCCACGGCCGUCUUUGACGAAUCCAAAGAGCUCAUCUUUCAGGAAGCACAACAAGUCGAUGUGGCCGUACUUGAAGAGCAGCAAUUAAGAAGAUCCAGACAACAGCAAAAGAAGUUAAAGUUAGAGAGAACAAAAGAGGAAAACCCGAACGGGCACUAUCGAAAGUACAUCCAGGGAGAUGAGCGGUUUGGCAAGGAUGGACCCUGCAACCCAGAUGGAAAGUACCAGUCACUGAUCCUUCAAGACUUGCGACUAGCUGGGAAAAACCCGACGGUACCACCUGAGAUUGCUCUCCUCACAGAUCUAUCCGUUUUGGCUCUGCCUUUCAAUCAAGUCAGUGGCUCAUUGGAUGGACUUUUGCCAUUUGAAUUCCUCACUCACAUGAACUUGAAGUCACUUGUGCUGCACAGCAACGACUUAUCCGGCGAAAUCCCAAGCGAGAUGUGGAACCUCACAAGUCUGAUCAGGCUUGCCCUGAAUCAGAAUUCAUUCAUUGGGACCAUACCGUCGGAACUGGGCAGGCUUACCCACAUGAGAGACAUUUACCUGCAUACAAACGGCUUUUACGGCUCUUUACCAACAGAGUUGGCUUUGCUCACAAGCACAACUCUGCUCCAUGUUGGUUCAAACUCUCUCAGUGGCCCCAUACCAUCCGAGCUUUGGUCGAUGAAAACCAUGGAGUCACUUUCCUUGAGCAAGAGCUCCUUCAGCGGUUUCAUACCAUCACAAGUUGGGUUACUCACGAGCAUGGAAUUAAUGCGGAUGGAUGGAAAUUCCUUGUCCGGCGCCUUGCCCAGUGAGCUUGGAUUACUUACCAACAUGACCACAUUUACUGUUGCCAGUAACUCACUCAGCGGUUUCGUACCAUCGGAACUGGGGUUGUGGGCCAACAUCACUCAGUUGUCACUGUCUCAAAACUGGUUCACUGGCCCCUUGCCUAGUGAAAUAGGGUUGCUAACAGCUACAAAGGCCAUGAGCUUGUGGGGAAAUUCCUUGACAAGUGCCUUGCCAAGUCAAAUUGGGAUGCUGUCCAGUAUGGAAAUCAUGAACCUCUAUGCCAAUCUGUUCACUGGGUCCAUGCCAACGGAACUUGGAUUGAUGCCCAACAUGACUUCCUUUCGUGUUUAUCAGAAUUCCUUCCAUGGUGCUCUCCCAUCGGAGCUUGGAUUGCUUGUCAGCAUGGAAAGCCUGCGCAUUUCGGAAAAUGCCUUUACGGGCCUGUUGCCAAGUGAGAUUGGGUUGCUAACAAAGUUGACCGGUUUGAAUGGCGGGAGCAACUUGCUCUCUGGUUCACUGCCGUCUGAAAUUGGUCUUCUCACUCAGCUGACUGUACUGAAUCUGAGAAGCAAUUCCUUUGAUGGAUACUUGCCCAGCCAACUGGGAUUGCUGACACAGUUGCUUGGUCUGUGGUUACCCAGCUGUCGAUUCUCUGGCUCCAUUCCCAGUGAGCUUGGAAUGAUGGAAUCUUUAAAGUUGCUAAACCUGAGAAACAACACUUUGAGUGGGCCAGUGGUGUCUGAGUUGGGGCAGCUUGACAACCUACAAGAGCUUGAUCUAUCAAGUUUACCUCUCCUGAGUGGAUCAUUUCCAUUUGAUGUCUUCUUGUCAAAGAAGCUCAGCUUCCUGGACAUUUCUGGCAGCCCUGGAUUGGAAGGAAUGGUUACAGAUGAAUUGUGUUCCCUCCAAAGUUCCUCUUGUUCCUAUGAAGCUUGGUGGUAUGGUGGCCCGUUCCCUUGCUCCCUUGACUUUGAUUGUUCCAACUUGCUCUGUGGCUGUGAUUGUGGCUGUUCCAAUGCUGUUGGGGGUACAGGAUUGAGAGGCAAUCCUUGA